CGAAGGAAGACCGGCAGAAGAGAAGCUUCAAGUCAAGUCAAGAUGGAGAUUGGUAGUAUGUCUGCUGCUCCUGUAGGGAACGGGGUUGUGGGGUCCCAGAGGGACUUAAGCCUGGUUCCUGAGCGGCUUCAGAGACGCGAACAAGAACGGCAACUGGAAGUGGAAAAGCGGAAGCAAAAGCGACAGGACCAGGAGGUGGAGGAGGAAAAGAGCGACUUUUUUGCCGCAGCCUUCUCUCGGGAGCGAGCGGCGGUGGAAGAGCUUCUGGAGAGCGGGGAGUCCGCGGAACGACUGGAGGAGGCGGCUGCCCGGCUCCAGGGGCUGCAGAAACUUCUUAACGAUUCGGUUUUGUUCCUGGCCGCUUACGACCUGCGGCAGGCACAGGAGGCUCUGGGAAGACUGCAGGCGGCCCUGGCUGAGCGGCGUCAGGAGCUGCAGCCCAAGAAGCGUUUCGCUUUCAAGACCCGAAGGAAGGAUGCUGCAUCGGCCUCCAAAAGAGACGCGGCUCCUGGCGCCCCGUCGCCUGGAAACAUCCUGGCCUCUCCGCCGCCCUUAAAAGAAGCGGAAGCUCUCGGCUCCAGCUGCGUCUGCGGCUUUUCCAACCUGGAGUCCCAAAUCUUGGAGAAGAGAACGGAAGAACUGCACCAGCGCGAUGUCCUUUUGACCGAGCUCAGCAACUGCACGAUCAAACUGUACGGCAAUCCCAAUACUCUGCGGCUGAGCAACGCCCGCAACUGCACGGUGUUCUGCGGACCGGUGUCCACCUCGGUGUUCCUGGAGAACUGCAGUGGCUGCGUGCUGACCGUGGCCUGCCAACAGCUCCGCGUGCACAGUACGAGAGACACCCGCAUCUUCCUGCAGGUGACCAGCAGGGCCAUAGUGGAGGACUGCAGCGGGAUUCGGCUCGCCCCUUACACCUGGAGCUACCCGGGUAUCGACAAGGACUUCGAGGACUCCGGUUUAGAUAGGAACAAAAAUAACUGGAAAGACAUUGAUGAUUUCAACUGGCUGGCCCAGGGUGUGGCCUCCCCAAACUGGAGUAUUCUUCCCGAAGAGGAGCGAAUGAUCCAUUGAGACUCUGUUCUUCACUCCUACCAAAUAAUUUCUUUGUGGGACUGACCCCAGCUAAUGGGAUUCCACAGUUUACUUGCUGUUGUCACACUCUAUGUUUUAGUAUUUUAAGGCUGAGAUGGUGAUAGGCUCCAACUUGUGAUUUCCGAUAAAUUCAUGGUGGGUCUAACACUUUAAAGCAUUUUCGCUGUUUUAGUAAUGUUUGGGAGUUUUUAUGUGACUAUGAUAGUUUGAAGCAGUAGGGGGAACGGUGUGGGUGUGUGCUGGUUUGUAAAUGAUUUGUGCUAUUUAAAGCAUAGCUCAGUGCAUGGUACAGUAGAUCUUCAAUAAAUAUUUGUUUAAUAAACGAAUUCCUUAGGACUA